AAUGGAAGUUUUUUUCUGAGAGGAGGGGAGGAGGCGGCUCCUCGCAAAACUUUGCACCGACUUCAGCUCGCCCCUCCCUGGCCACCGCCAGGCAUUUAUACCCAGGCAAAAAGGCUCGAGCGCACAGUGAAGCACUCUGGCUCAGCGCUUCUCGAGGGGAGGACAUAAAGCCACCUACAACUCAACAAUACAAACCUAUCCCCCCUUCUUUUUUUCUCCUUUUCUACGGACUUAAGCUGCACAUAAACUUUUAAAGCAACUUUUUUUUCCACAACCAAAACCAGUCGUGGCACAAACUACCGUUUCCGCACGUCGCAUUCAAGGAUCCUGGUCGGUCCUCCAUGAAAGAGGGAGUGCGGCAGCAAGCUUGGGGAAAAGAGAUGUCUGCGACUGUCUUGUCUGCGUUCUACGACAUGGACAUGCUUUACAAGCAAGAUAAAAGCAUGAACAUGAACGCCCUCCACAUCAACAGCAUGCUGGACAAGAAAGCGGUGGGAGCUCCGGUCACGACUCCGGGCUCCGGUGGCCCCUUCACACCGGGAUUUUUCCGCAGAAACUCAACCAGCAACGUGGAGGCGAUGAACAACGGCAACAAAUACUCGAUGGGCUCCUACAGCAGCCUGAAGGAGAACACAGCGAGCAGCAACAGCAGCGCCACGGCCCUCAUGAACAAGGAGAACAAGUUCCGCGACCGCGCUUACAGCGACAACGGGGACCGGGGCGUGCUGCAGCAGAAGCCCGGCUCUCAGAUCAACUCCACCCGCUACAAGACCGAGCUGUGCCGGCCCUUCGAGGAGAACGGGUCGUGCAAGUACGGGGAGAAAUGUCAGUUCGCUCACGGCUACCACGAGUUGAGGAGCUUGUCUCGCCACCCUAAGUACAAAACGGAGCCGUGCCGCACCUUCCACACCAUCGGUUUCUGCCCUUACGGCCCCCGGUGUCACUUUAUCCACAACGCCGACGAGCGCCGGCCCGCUCCGGCCGCCAACGCGAACGUGCAGGCGGGGGAGUCCAGGUCGGCUCGCGAGCUUUGCAGCUACCAGAGGGACGUCCUCCCGCCGCAGCAGCUCAGCUACACUCAGAGGGACAGACCAAAGCUUCAUCACAGCCUCAGCUUCUCCGGCUUCUCCACCCAUCACGGACUCGAGUCUCCACUGCUCGACAGCCCCAUGUCCCGGACCCCACCGCCACCCACCACCGCCUCCUCCUGCACCUCCACCUCCAGCUUCUACGAGGAGGUGCUUUCACCCAACUCCGUGUCCUGCAUCAACAGUGCCUUCUCUUUCCCCGGACAGGACUUAAAAGCCUUACUGGCCCCCCUGGCUGUGCACACCCCCAGCGGGUACGCUAACAACCACUCUACCGGUGCCUACUACGGGAACAUGCAGAGCAGCGUGUGCCCGCCCUCCCCUCCGACCUACAACAUGAGCCACUUGCAGGCGCUGCGCCGCCUCAGCGAGUCGCCGGUGUUCGAGUCCCCUCCCAGCCCGCCAGACUCGCUCUCUGACCGGGAGAGCUAUGUGAGCGGGUCCCUCAGCUCUUCCGGGAGCCUCAGCGGCUCCGAGUCCCCAAGUCUGGACGCUGGAAGACGUUUGCCAAUCUUCAGCAGGCUGUCGAUUUCAGAUGACUAAUCAUAUUUUUGUUGUCAUAUGGAUUUAUGGACGGGUCAGGCAGGGUGGUUGAGGAGCCAGGGGGUGUCAGUGAGUGAGGUAGACUGUCCUUCAAGCAGAGGAUCUCGGUUAAGCCCCCUCACCCCCUGGUCCUCCACCCCGUUUCAGCAAACCACCCUGCCGAAGUGCCUUUGAGUAAGACAUUGAAUCCCUACCAGCUCCAGGGGUGCUGACCCUGCUCUGACCUCCCUGGAGGGGGGCAAGAGAAGAGAAUUUCACCCACAGGGAUCAAUAAAGCUUCAGUUUAAAGUGUCCUUGACCUGGCAUUAGUUUAGUAUUUUUUUCUUUGUAUGUAAUAUAGCUGUAUUAAAACUUAGAUAGCAAACAGAAGGCAUUCCAUCAGUGCCUUGCCCGAGGGCUCACGGCAGCCCCCCUCUCCCUUUUGCUCUAUCAGGCAAGCCACACUUUUCCUGGGAUUAGAUGUGUGGGUAACAUGACUUGACAAGAAGAAGAGACUGUAAGCGGUUUUCAGAUUUCCUCCCAUCCUGCCAAGAAUAUGCCUUGACUCAAAGUAACAUUUUUUUUUUCUUUUAUCAAAGUGUGUUUUUCUUUUUCUUCUCUGAAAGCUUCAACUUCCAUUCCAGAUCUGUCUUCUCCCAGCGCCACCCAGUGGUUCGUUUGGUUAGUCUAGUUUGUUGCUUGGUUAAAAAGCACUCUUGAGUUGGGUUUGUUCGGGGAAAUCACUGCUGAUGGUUGAAUAUAUAUUUUUUUAGCUGUUUUUGAGUGAUUUACAUAGCUGUGCAUAACUGGCUAUGGACUAUUUAACUUAUUUAUUAUCUUGUGAAAAAAGUAUAGGCUACAUUGGUAAUUUGUGUCCAUACUGUAUUUAUCAAGUAUGAUGAAGCAAUAGAUCUAUAUUCUUUUAUGUUUAAAUUAUGAUCGCCAUUAUUAAUCUGCAUAAAGUGGAGUGUAUGUUCUUUUCACAGUAAUAUAUAUAUUUUGUUUUUUUUCUCCUUUUUUUGUA